AUGCGGCGGUACCUUAAAUCCAAAAUCCCCAAUUCCACUGAGAAGGGUAAUUCUUUUAACUCCGAUUUCGAAGAUGAAAUUCAACUAGAAGACGUCUCUAGUGAAGAAUAUUCGAGCGAAGAGGAAUCCCCGGUGGAAAUUUUCAACAAGAGAAACAAAAAAAGGAUUCAAAAAGAGAAAGGUGAAGUUAAUCUGAACAAGAAAAGAAGAAAACCAAACCCCGGCGUGCAACGUCUUCAGAAGCAGAUAGUGUUUAAGGAGUGGAAAUUGCUGAUCCCUCAUCCAAGGGAUAUAAAUGUGAAGGUGCAAAACAGUAACGACAACAGCAAAGAGAAAUGCACGAUAAGUGGCAUCAAGAAAACGCUGACGAAGGAGCAAUUGGAAGCUUUUAGAAUGUCAGCUUUUGGGAAGUUCCUUGAUCUGCCACAUUGCAUUGUCCAGAACCAGCUGGUAAACUACAUACUUUUAUGCGAGGUUCAUCAAGGUAGGACAUAUGGGAUCUGGUUCGACUUCGGAGGGAAAUUCCUCCGAUUUGGUAUAGAGGAAUUUGCUGUCGUGACUGGUUUAAAGUGCACUGGACUUAGUAAGAAACUGAACAUUCCAAAGAUUGCCAAUGACCGCUGUUUCGUUGACACGAUUGACAGUCCAGAGUGUGAUGAUUACUUGUGGGGAACCGCUGUCUUUCAAUUUACCCUACAGUACCUGAAGAAAUCAAUUCAAACUAGAGAGCAGAUGCACAUAUCUGAUAACGACGAGGGAAGCAACCUGUAUCGGUUAUAUGGUCUUAUAUUGGCUCUUCAGACAUGCUUUUACGAGGUUUGUGACACGGUUGAUGGUGUAGUCGCAACCAACGUGGGUGUACACGAUAUCCCGAGGAUUAUCAAGUGGGAAGUUCGUGAACCUUGUACGCGUAGUUUUGUUCAGAGAACCUUUUCUAACCUUGAUCACACUAAGGGUGUUUCAAGUGAAGAGCAACAUGUCGACAAAGGGAACACGAGUGAAGAUCUUGAUGGAAGUGGAAUGCUAGAUGAUACUAUCCACAUAUCAGCUGCAAAAGAGACGAUCACUGUCAAAUCUCCUACAAGAGCAUUUAGAACCAAAGCCGAAGCACUCAUGAAGAGUGCAGCAGACAGAAGAGGUUUCAGUUAUGAGCCACACCUCAUAUUCGAUUAUGCAUUGAAUGGAUCUCAGCCUUCGUUUGACGCCAUAACUGCUGUUCUACCUCUGACGCCACAAUCGAUGAAGACUAUCCCAGAACAGGUUGAUCACGUCAUGUUCCCGAUGCAUUUGGAAAUAAACGGUGUGGGUCAUUGGAUUUUGGGGCGUUUAUCUCUUGCUGACAUGAAACUUCAUGUCUACAAUUCAAUUCGCACAGUAGACUGCGAUGAUCUUGUUAUCGAGAACGUGAAGGCUUACGUCGAGAUUCUCCCCAUUUUCCUUGGCUUGGUGAAUCUUUCGAGUGCUGGAGAGGCCGAAAAAGUCAAUAUUGAGGUGGUUAUGGUUGACAAUCUCCCACAGCAAAACAAUAGGUACUAUAUAUGA